AUGGUGGCUAGUUACUUGGCCAAGUCGUUCGACGGUAUCACGUUCCAACAUAUUUCUCGUAGACAGAACACCAUCGCAGACGAACUCUCUCAGAUAGCCUCCGAAGCACAACUUCUGGGGGGUAAAAGUGGACCGAUGAUACCCGUUUUACGGCAAUCAUAUCCGGCUUUGGUUAAUCAACAAGUCAUUCAGCACGACCAAGUCAUCCGUACCCAGGUAAUGUCCUUACCUUUGUUAUUGGAACGGGAGGAUCCUGUAGAUGUUUGCGCGGUCGAGAUGCUACCAAACGACUGGAGAAUGCCAAUUAUGCAAUACCUUGAUGAUCCCAGAGGCAAACAUGACCGAAAGACAAGGGUCCAUGCCACAAACUACGUCUCAUACCAGAACGAGUUGUAUCGAAAAGGCGAGGAUGAAUUAUUACUGUUAUGCCUCGGCCCACAAGAAGCCGCCCAAGCAAUCACAGAGGUACACGAAGGAAUUUGCGGAGCCCAUCAAUCAGGACGCAAGAUGCUUUGGCUACUUCUCUGA